AUGCUCAAACGUCGCUUUUGGAACUUCCUCGAUUUCUGCAACAAGGAAAAGAGCAUUCUUGAGGCCGACAAAGUCGGUUCACUGAAAACGAUAGUGCAACGGGCUCGAGCAACCUUGCCCGAAGUCGUCGCGGAGUUUCCCGGUUCUCGGUCGCCUACGCAGUUUUCGCACUUCGAAAUAAGCGCGAAGAUGAAGCGCUUGGAAGCAUUAAAGUAUUUCGCUAGGUACAACGAUUUGCCGUCGUUGCUGGAUAAAAAUCCGAUACACAGAAAUGCACUGUUGAACCUGGCGUGUUACAAAACGCUUCGAAACGUACAAGCCGAUGACUUCGACUUCGCCCCUGCCGAGAAAUCCGACUGUGGUGAUGGCGCUUCGAAGAUAAUCUCUCGAGAGAAUGAAGAACCAAUAGUCGAACGUACGAUCGAACAACUACAAACAGACAACUCGUCGACUUGCACCGCCGCGAGAAACGUGGGAUCUCCGUCCGUUACGAAGCACGCAUUAAGCACGCCGAUCAGCGAUCAGCAACAAUCGUAUAUUACCGAAUGCACCUUGCGAACGCCUGCGAUCACCUCCAAGCCGCUGCCACCUUUGUUCGAAGCGUUGCAGACGUCGAACCCGGGAACGCAAGAAAGCGUGAAAGAUGCCGAGCGAUCAUCGUCCAUGAUAUUUGUGGAAAUGGAUCAGUGGUUGAAGUCGCCGUGCGAACGGAAGGAGGACUGCCAGAAAUCCAGCAAGCCUCGUGCAACCUGCACGGAGUCGAAGAACGAUUGCCGGCAGCCGAAGUGCGGGAAGCAACGCGAAGAAAACGCGACAUGCGGUAAAGUUCUGAGGGAACGUUUGCAGAACAAUCGAGGACAAUGCGAGAGCGGCCGGAAGAAGGAUUGUUCUCAGGGCGGUAACAAGAAAGGCCACAACUCCGGCUGCUGUUCGGGAAAACGACGAUACUCCCAACUGUCGUAUCCCACCAACUACUCGUCCUUCGGCGUUUUAAACUCCGUUCGCGAUGCACAGGCGAGCGACGUGACGCGGAGAUUCUACGCCAGCUGCGGGAAGGAGGAGAAGGACGAUUCGAGCUCUCUUUGCGAGAAACUGAAAGAGAAAACGUGUGAGAAGACGCAGGAGGAGAAGAAUUGCACGAAGGGCCCGGCGCAAUGCUUGCAUGUUAAAUCAGAUGCCGACAAGCGGGAAGAGAAAAUAUCAUGCGUACUUUCGAAAAAGUCCUCGACGUGCACUCGCGAGCAAUACUGCACCACGAGGAAGGAAUUCGACGCGAAGAAGGAUCGACCCAAUGAUCAACCGUUUCACUUUCGUUUCCUCCCGUAG